ACACCCACACUUACUAAGAAUAAUUGCUUUAGGGGUAAAAACAAGGCGAAGACGGUCAUAUUGUUUGAACGUGGUCUGUAAGUACACCGGAAAUUACCAGGCGUUGCUUGUCAYCUUGUCCAGUCUUCGGACGAGUGGCAGCUAUGCAUAAAUAAGUAAUAUUUUGACUCUUGAAAAAUAACAAGUUGACUAACUCGUUCAACAACAAGUUGUGACCUUGCUUGGAGGAUUUCUCAAUCAAUUUUGAAGCAAGUGUAUACUGUGUAACACUAAUCAAGUCAAUCGGAUCGAUUUGGGACCGUGAAUAAUUUAUAUACGUGAGUUUAUAACUUGGGACUUGGUAUGCAUCCAAUAUCGUUAGCUCGCGUUAUUUUUUAUACAAAAAGUCCUCAUUAGGCCAAUCCGCUUUACCCGAUGGUAUAAUAAUCCUCAGUUAUAGCUUGGCUAAGAGCUAGUUGUAUUUGAAGACUGAUGGAUGCCUUUGAUGUCCAAAAGGAAGGCUAUCUAAGAAGACUAAAGACGCAGAAGAGACGAUAUUUUGUUCUGCGGACUGUUUCUGUGCGUGGAAAACCUCGACUUGAGUACUAUGAAAGCGAGAAAAAGUUCCGUACUAACUGCCCACCAAAACGUGUCAUUCAACUUGCAAGCUGCUUCAACAUAACCCAAAAAGAAGACACCAAACAUGAUUUCGUGUUUGCAUUGUACACGCGCGAGGACGUGUUCGGACUGAUUUGCGACAGCAAAGAUGAAUUGAAAUCGUGGCUGGCUGCUUUAUUAAGGGAACAAAGCACGACCUCAAACUCUCAUGGGACUCAAGGCAAUGAUUAUUUAUCUGAUAGUCUACCUGGAGAUUUUCAAUUACCAGCAUUACGAAGUAACCAUGUUACAUCUGUUCCUCAUGUAUCUACCUGGCCUGUCACUGUCAAACCAAGAGGCCUUGGCACAAGUAAACACCUUGCUGGAGUUUACAAUCUAAAGCUUGCCGACCAYACWUUGAGUCUACACAAGAUUUCAAGUGAYGAAGUAGUGGUGGAUUUUCAUUUGUCAAUAGUUCGUCGUUGUGGCCAUACAGAUUGUUUCUUYUUYAUGGAAGUYGGACGGUCAGCWGUWACKGGUGCUGGUGAAAUAUGGAUGCUGGUUGAUGAUGCUAUAUUGGCCAAGAAUUUACAUGAAGUGGUCUUAAUUUCAAUGCAGUCCUUAUCAGCUGAAGGUUAUUCCUCCUUAUCACGGCAUAGAUGCCAUUCUGGUGGCUACAAACCCCGACCAACAUCAUUAAUGCUGGUAACACCACCUCGUAAUAGGUCAGAUACCCUCCCUGAUCCAGAAGCAGGGUCACCYGAUCAAGAGGGACCCCCAUCACCGCUCAAGGCACAAACACCAGACCACAGCAGYCCAUCUGGUGGCAAACGAUCUGCAAUGUUCCAGAGACUGUUGUCUGUUAGUAAGCGGAAAUCKGAAGGUUUUGAUUUUAGUCCAAGACUGUUCUCUCGACGAACACAAUCCAAGUCSYUAUCRAUUGACCCUUGUCCUGGAGGRCUACUUGGUCGUGCACAGUCAGUAGAUUUYUCCAGCUUGUUUGGUAAUGCAUUACCCAGCAGUCCAGAAACACCAGAAGAAAAAAAUGUGGGUUUUGAUUUAGAAGAACCACAAAGAACCUCAUCCAACUCGUCAGGGUCAUCAGAAAGAAGCUGGGAYCAACCUCUACUAAAAAAUCACCCUGAUGAGAAUGAGGARAGAGGUAAAAAKACUCUAAUUAUCUGGUCAUUSAAAAAAGGAUUCAGGGUCAGUGAUGACGACACAGAUAGCAAGAUAUCAGGAGACGACCAAACAUUGAAGAGAGAAUCCAAUAACCACAAAAAUGACCAGCAACAWGUCACAGAUUCAAGCAACUCAAUUGAAGAAAAACCCACCAAUCACAGUGAAAAAAAGACUGGGAUAUCCCAGCGGCAUCGAUCAGGCUAUGAAGACAUGUCAGGAAACAUYUUAUCUAUAAUAAACAUUGAAAAAACUGAACAUAAUUAUGUAAAUGUGCAUCAAGAAUCAAACACUAAUUCACUUGAAAGAGAAACAGUACCAUCRYUGAAUUCUCCUAGCAUGCAGCGACGUACUUCAGCUCCCCCWAGAAGCGAUUCUCCAGUACUGGAACAGUUACAACUGAAAACAAAAUCAUCUCCAAAACAGAGGCGCACAUCAGAGCCCAUGGCAACUAUCAGYAAUGARUUUCUUGAACUGGUUACAAUUAAGAAUUCUCCAUUGUCUUCUCCACGAAGAAGUAAAAAGGGCAGACCGGGUAGUGAAACAAUUAGCGAAGAUCCUGAUUCUCARCCAGAAGAUAACUCUCCCUGUCAAUCUCCCCAGAGGAGAAGGCGGGGCAAAGAUAAUGACGAGUACGUUGAUAUGAAUCCAUUUGCAAAAUAYCAUACUUAUGUUAACAUCAAACCUAAAGAAGGAUUUCAACACGAGGAAGAAUCUGSUUAYAUGAAUUUGCGCCCUGGWGAUUACCAUGGYRYGGARACUGAAAGCAAAGAGCAUGAUUAUAUGAACUUUAAGCCAGGGAAAUCUACURCCGAGGAGCYUGUAACAGAAGARCCUCCGAGUUAUGUAAACUUUCAACCUGGACAAGCUAAGCGUUCAMAUUCACCGAGACAAAAGCACAAACAUACGUAUGAGAAUUUACACUUGGAUGGAAGUCCCAAAGUAGAUAGUACACAAUUUAGUGAUUACAUGAACUUAUUUCCAAGAAGACAUUCUGAAAARUCUCACUCAAAGGGAAAAACAUUACCACAAAGGAAACCAAACCGAAAUCGCUUUGGCAGGCGAGAGAGUGAGCCAGUAGGUCUUACUGGSCGAUCAGAUGAAGAAAAUGGUAUGCUUUUCCUGGACUUUAGUGGGAGCAAAUCAUCGCAGUCAAAGGAUUUGAACUAUAUAUCCUUAGAUCUUAGUCAAAAAGAGCCAUCACCAAAAGGUUCACCCAAGAAUCGUCCCUCUAAUAUAAAUACUUCCUCAACUUCAUGGUCAUUAGAUAUAGGACCCAAAUCUGCUCCUGUAUCUACAACUAGUUAUGCAGAAAUCGACUUUACGCGAUCACAUGGUUUGCGUCAGGCAAUUAUUGACCACAAGAAGCCAAAAACUCCCAAAGAAUGACUUCUAGUGCACAAUCAAUAAUUGGAAAAUUUAUCUAUAUUAGAUUUUGAAUACCUUUUUUUUUUGUCAAACAAUGAAAUAAAGUUAAGGCGGUUUUAUUAGGAAAGUUUGCAAUCCUGCUUUCAAACUGUGAAUAUUCAGAUGUAAUUGUUCUUAAAAGUCAAAAACCAGGAAAAUAUUUCAAAAAAGAAGCUUUUUUUCAUGUUAUUUUUAUAUGAAUUUUCUCGGUCAAAUUUCAGAUAAUGUUAAUGACAUGUACAUUGUGUAAA